AGUCCAGAUGGUGCUUUUCUCUGUCUGAACUACACAGGAAGACACCACUCUGGCAGAAGAAGAUGUCCAAAAUUUGUCCUCCAAUGGAUUAUUACAACCUACAAUCACAAACUUCAUCAACAACCUACUGCCAACAGAAAUAAGUAAAAUUAAUAAAGUUGUAUUUUUUGUUUUCUAAAGACACAUUCUCUUAGACAACACCAGGCAUUAUGACAUGGAAAUCUUACAAAACUGAGCCCAAGCCAAAACCUCUCUGGAAAGAAAUAUUAUUAAACUGUUGUGUCGACAUAUACCAACAAUUUCAUAUCAGAACUACAUAAGUAUCCAUCAAGAAAACCAAACGGAGGCAAAUUGAGUGAAGAUGCAGAUGGAAAAUCAGUUGAAAGGCCUGGUGUGGAAGUUGUUGCUGGUGAACACUUUAUCAUGUGGGCUGGAGGUGUGCAUGGCUGCAGGAACGGUCUACAUCCCACCUCUGCUGCUGCAGGCCGGCAUGGAGGAACGCUACAUGACUAUGGUGCUUGCGGUGGGUCCAGUUCUGGCCUUGAUCUUUGUACCCAUGAUAGGCUCGGCUAGUGAUUCACGCCAAAGCCGUUUUGGUCGACGCCGGCCCUUUAUCUGGAUCCUGAGCCUGGGCAUUUUGCUAGGCCUGCAAGUCAUGCCUCAGGCCUGGCGUCUGGCUGUGGUGAUGUCCCCACAGCACACUCGCUGGUUUGAAGCUGUCCUGCAGGCUGCGGCUGUGUGUCUGAUGGAGUUCUGUGGACAGGCCUGUCUCACCCUGCUGGUGGCCCUGCUUUCAGACCUGUUCCCCGGGGAGGAGGAGAAUCGCAGAGCAUUCUCAGUUAAUUCUCUGAUGACCAGCCUGGGGGGUUGCCUGGGGUUCCUGCUCCCUGCAGUGGACUGGAGCCAAGCACCCUUAGCAACAUACCUUGGAGGCCAGGAGGCCUUCAUCUACACCCUACUCACCGUCCUCUUCCUCAGCUGCCUUCUCACCACUGCCUUCAUCCCAGAAGAGAGAUCCAGAGGAGGGGAGAGAAAGACUGUCGCCUGUAGGAGUUUGAAAAGCUGGAGGGGUAGAUGCUGCCCGCACUUCUUCCUUCCCAGGCCACAGUGUUUCCAUGUUGCACUGGGCCACUGUGCAUCAGCCUGUAUGACAGUGUUACCUCGUAUGUAUGCAGCAUGUGUGCAUGUGCCGGCGGUCAUAUGGAGACUGUUUGUAGCGGAGAUGUGCAGCUGGAUGGCGCUGACGAGUUUCAUGCUCUUCUUUGUUGACUUUAUGGGGGAGGGAUUGUACCAGGGGGUGCCAAGCGCGGAGCCAGAGACACAGGAAAGGAAACACUAUGAUGAAGGUGUACGUGUGGCCAGUCUGGGACUCUUCCUGCAGUGUGUGGUGUCGGUGCUGUGCUCACUGCUAAUGGACUGCUGGGUUGCUCUGCUGGGAGCCAGAGUGGUGUACAUCAGUGGUGCAGCUCUGCUGGUGUUCACCACCAUCACCAUGAGUAUCUCAGACAGUGUGAUAACGAUCACUGUCAUGGCAGCCAUGACAGGAUACACACUCUGUGUCUUGCAUGUCCUACCAUACACACUGCUGUGUCUCUAUCACUCGGACAGACAGGCUUUUUUCACCUCGUCCAAGCCCAGACCCCUUCAGCUCAGUGACAGUGAUGACCCACUGCUUGCCAAGUCCCUCCUCUCCUGUGGUCCAGCCACUCCUUAUGCUAAUCGCACCCCAGGAGGGCUGACUUUACCCAGAGUAGACCCCUCUGUCGGGUCACCCUACGUUCCACUGUUUGCAGGUGGAAGUGACAGAGGUGAAGGAGACUACACACCGGUCUCCCAAAGAGGGUUGUGUUUUGACAUGGCAAUACUGGACAGUGCUUACUUGCUUUCACAGGUGAUGCCGGCAAUGUGCCUCGGUACGAUAGUGCAGCUGGUGAACAGUGUGAGGGCUUACAUGGCUUCCGCCUGCUGCUUCAGCCUACUGGCUUUUCUUUUCUCCACCAGGGUCGUCUACAGCCACGCUGACCUCCAACGAUGACCACCUCUCCAUUAAAAACAUCAGCCGAGGAUAUGUAGUCACACAUAACCUCUGAUGCUGAAGUGGUUGCAGUGAAGAAGAACUGCAUCUUAAGUGACAGAGUUACUGCCUUCCUUGAGGGUUUAAAGAGGUUCAGGGAGCUGUUUGAGCACUGUGAUAUUUAUAAAACAAAUCAUUUUAAGGAUUAUUUUGUAUUGUUAUUGCAGGUUCAGGACACAAGUGUCAAAUGUAGCAUCUGUCUACGACAGUGUGUUCUCAUGCCAGCAAUGAAAUGUGAAUGAAUGCUGAGAUUUAAUCAGUCAGUUCAAUUUAUUUUGGGUGUAAACACAAAUCUACGCUCAUGUACAGUAUAAAACUAGAUUUUUUAUAUUCUUGAUCGUGAGUGAUAGGGGGUGAUAUCCUGCUGUGUACUGUUGCUAAGAAACUACACUGGAGUCUUGACACUCCUUGUGUGGUGCAUUAUGCUGCAGUCUUCUCACCCAUAUGCUCUGUUUGGCUUCUACAGAGGAUCAGUUACAGCCAGCAUGUAAUAACUGAAUGGAGCUAAUUAUCAAAUAGAAAAAGAUCUUUAAAAUAAAGCAGCAUUUCCAGCUAGGUGCCCCAGUUGUUUGGAGCUAUACUGGUUAUACUGUUAUUUGUGAUUUAGGUCAGUGACUAAGAUAUCAUUUUAAAAUUAUCUCUCCACACCCUGCCCUACUAUUGCUCCACCUCUGGCACCAGAUACAGUAUGUCAAUAUUGACUUUUACAAUGUGUCUGUCAGAUUUCCAUAGCCCAUAGGCACUUACAAUAAGACCAAAGACACUCAAAUAUGGGGCUGGUCUCAGUUUAUUGUAAAUGUUGCAAUAGAAGGAUUCUGUGACAUUUUAUUCAUGUCACACAUGAAUAAAAUGUAUGACAUGAAUAAAACGUAUGACAUGAAUAGGUUUCUUUGGAAAUAAUUGCUGUUAUUAAACUGAGUAAGAACUGUGUCUAUGACUAUCUCCGACUUAAAAAGAAUUUUCAAUUUAA